GCAGCGAUGGCGUUCGCAUCAUCCAUAUCAUCUCCAUCAUAUUCUUUAACCAAUCUUUCUUCUAAACCCAAUAAAAUUUUAACGCCGGCAAGGAAGAUCCACUCUUUCUCUCUCGUCCCGCGUCCUUCCGCCUCCGGAAACAUGAAAACGAUCAUGGUUUCUGAGAUCACCUUUGCAUAGUUGUUAAAAGUGAAAAAGAAAGUGCUUGCCAUGGUGCAGGCGUGCGAGGCGCAAGCCCAGCGCCAUUUUCAGAAAAUGGUGCUGGGCUUCACCAUGGCGACGGAAAGGCGCGCGAGGCACAAGCUCAGCACCAUUUUCCGAAGCCCAGUUUUUCAAUGAUUGAGCUUCACCCAUUUCAAAUAAAUGGUGAUGCCGUGGCGGCUGGGAGGAGCGCCGGCGGCAGGGGGUGGCUACAAGGGCGAAGAGGCACGGAACAGGGUAAUGCUUUAGGUGCCGUGAGGGAGGGCGCUAGUAGCAGUCGGCAGGGGUGGAGGGUACACCAAAGGGGUGCCGGAGGCAAUGGCACAGGCGCAGAACUAGAGUUUCAGAGAGCUCUUCUCUCGCUCUCGCUUUCUUUUUUCCAUUUGAAAGGAGAAAAGAAAAAAAGGAAAAAAGAAAAGAAAAGAAAAGAGGAAUAUAAAUUUGAAAGACAGUAGUAGAAGAAUAGUCGGCUAUGCUUUGCAGCUGCAAGGAAUGGAUUCAUUAAAUUUUAACCCAUUUGCUUCAGUUGCUAGUGCAGAUGCUUUGCUGGAUGAAGCUGUGGAAAAAGCUCACCUUCCAAAGGGCGAUGCUUGGUCCAUUCAUAAAUUUGGUGGAACCUGUGUGGGAAAUUCUGAAAGGAUACUGACUGUUGCCAACAUUAUUGUUAAGGAUGUGUCAGAAAGGAAGUUGGUUGUCGUGUCCGCAAUGUCAAAGGUGACAGACAUGAUGUAUGAUCUCAUAUACAAAGCACAGUCCCGAGAUGAUUCUUAUAUAAUUGCAUUGGAUGCUGUUCUGGAAAAGCACAAGUCAACAGCAGUUGAUCUACUUGAGGGGGAUGACCUGUCUAAUUUCUUGGAUCGGUUGCAUCAGGACAUCAAUAAUCUUAAGGCAAUGUUACGUGCAAUAUAUAUUGCUGGUCAUGCAACAGAAUCUUUUUCAGAUUUUGUUGUUGGACAUGGCGAAUUAUGGUCUGCAGAAUUGCUCUCAGCUGUUGUGAGGAAGAGUGGGUUAGAAUGUAACUGUAUGGAUACCAGAGAUGUCCUUGUUGUAAAUCCUACAACUUCUAAUCAAGUUGAUCCGGAUUAUUUGGAGUCGGGCCGAAGACUUGAGAAGUGGUGCUCCCAAAAUUCAUGUGACACAAUCAUUGCAACUGGGUUCAUUGCCAGUACACCCCAGAAUAUUCCUACGACUUUGAAGAGAGAUGGAAGUGACUUUUCGGCUGCAAUUAUGGGUGCUUUAUUCAUGGCACGUCAAGUCACAAUUUGGACUGAUGUUGAUGGUGUGUACAGCGCAGAUCCUAGAAAAGUUAGUGAGGCUGUGAUAUUAAAGAAAUUGUCUUAUCAGGAGGCGUGGGAAAUGUCAUACUUUGGGGCAAAUGUUUUACACCCACGAACAAUUAUUCCAGUCAUGAAAUAUGGCAUUCCUAUUGUUAUAAGAAACAUUUUCAACCUCUCUGCACCGGGGACAAUGAUCUGCCAGCCUGCUGGUUUGGAGAAUGAAGAUGGUGAGCAGGUGGAGUCUCCAGUUAAAGGAUUCGCAACCAUUGACAAUUUGGCCCUAGUAAAUGUUGAGGGAACCGGAAUGGCAGGUGUUCCUGGCACUGCUAGUGCAAUUUUUGGUGCUGUGAAGGAUGUUGGCGCUAAUGUAAUUAUGAUAUCCCAGGCUAGUAGUGAGCAUUCUGUGUGUUUUGCUGUACCUGAAAUGGAAGUAAAAGCUGUAGCUGCUGCUUUGGAGUCUAGAUUUCGUCAGGCCUUGGAUGCUGGCCGUCUCUCUCAGAUUGCAGUAAUUCACAAUUGUAGCAUUUUGGCAGCGGUUGGUCAGAAAAUGGCGAGUACCCCUGGAGUUAGUGCUACACUCUUUAAUGCGCUUGCUAAGGCUAAUAUUAAUGUACGUGCUAUAGCUCAAGGUUGUUCUGAAUAUAACAUCACGGUAGUCGUCAAAAGAGAAGAUUGCAUAAGGGCUUUACGAGCUGUGCACUCGAGAUUUUAUCUGUCAAGAACAACAAUAGCCAUGGGAAUUAUUGGACCUGGAUUGAUUGGUGGGACAUUGCUUGAUCAGCUAAGGGAUCAGGCAGCAAUCCUCAAAGAAAAGUUUAACAUUGAUUUGCGUGUGAUGGGUAUUACUGGCUCAAGGACUAUGCUCUUGAGUGACACGGGGAUUGACUUGUCAAUAUGGAGAGAUCUCAAAAAAGAGAAAGGAGAGAAGGCUGACCUGCAGAGAUUUGUUCAAAAUGUGCAUGGGAAUCAUUUCAUCCCAAAUACUGUCAUAGUAGAUUGCACUGCAGAUUCUUAUGUUGCCAGCCAUUACCAUGAUUGGUUGCGUCGGGGGAUACAUGUGAUUACACCAAAUAAGAAAGCUAAUUCAGGACCACUUGAGCAGUAUUUGAAGCUGAGAACUCUUCAGCGACAGUCCUAUACCCAUUACUUCUAUGAAGCAACUGUUGGAGCUGGUUUACCAAUCAUCAGUACUUUGCAAGGUCUGCUAGAAACUGGGGACAAAAUAUUGCAAAUUGAAGGCAUUUUUAGUGGGACCCUGAGUUAUAUAUUUAACAACUUUGUGGAGGCACGAACUUUUAGUGAAGUGGUGGAGGCCGCAAAACAGGCAGGUUACACUGAACCAGAUCCAAGAGAUGAUUUAUCUGGAACAGAUGUGGCGAGGAAGGUUAUAAUCCUUGCUAGAGAGUCUGGAAUGAAGCUAGAAUUGUCAGAUAUUCCUGUUCAGAGUCUGGUGCCAGAACCGUUAAAGGAUAGCUCCUCAGUGGAGGAGUUUCUGCAGCAGCUGCCUCAGUACAAUCAAGACCUGGCAAAGCAAAGACAGGAGGCUGAAGCUAGUGGCGAAGUGUUGAGAUAUGUUGGGGUCGUGGAUGUUGUGAAGCAGAAAGGAACAGUGGAACUGCGAAGAUAUAAAAAGGAGCAUCCAUUUGCCCAACUUUCUGGAUCUGAUAACAUAAUAGCAUUUUCAACUCAGAGAUACGAAAAACAACCAUUGAUUGUGCGUGGUCCAGGUGCUGGGGCUGAAGUGACUGCUGGUGGAGUAUUCAGUGACAUACUGCGCCUUGCAUCAUAUCUUGGUGCACCAUCAUAAGCGACUUAGCUUUGUUCGGCUUUCUUCUCUGCGAAUCCAGAUCUGAUAGUUGUUAAGUUGUCUCCAUUGUCUUGAUUCCCCUGGGAUUUUGCAGCUUAGAUGAUUGUGAUAGCUAUUUGUAAAGAGAUGAUAUGAAUGCAGUUGUUGAGAAGAUCCUGGGUGUGUUUAUGCGUUAAGGUGAAGGUGUACAUGCAAGUGGAAUGGCCCCUAGUUUAUGAUCAAGGCUAGAUACUUAUAGGCAGACCUUACCUCUACUAAACCUAACAGAUCUAUCCUUGCAGGCUUCAGCUGCAUGCAUGAUGAUGAUGAACACUUGUUGUAUACUCUGAUAUGGAGGGUGGGCUCUGUUUAUAAGGAUCAUAUUAGUUGUAUGUAUUAUCCAAGAAAGACAAUUUGUAUGAAAUUUUAUAAGUGAAUCCAUUCAUAUUUUUCAGUUAAA